CCUGCCUCAGUCCCACCUUCUCCGCUUUCCCACCUGAUCACUUUCACUCUUCUCCGCUCGCUUCAUUCAGCCACAUCGGAUAUUUCCGCCAGCCUUUCCUACAGAUCUCGCUGCCCUUUCUGCUGUCUAACUCGCCCUCUGCACUGUAAUUAAAGAGGAUUUUUUUUUUUUUUUUUUUUUGUUCAGCCAUCCGAGCAUGAGAAGAACUGCAAAAUCAUCUAAAAAACAGUUUGAAACCCUGGGCUACCAGCAUGAGCUCUGGAUACACGGGCUUCUGCAGCACAAGUUUUCCUCCAGCACACUGAGCCACCGUGGACACCUCCUAGUCAAAGGGGAGAAUCCGUUUUAGGUCUCCACAGAAUGGAGCAAGAAUGAGCAGAGAGUGGCUGAAAGAAAAGCAUGAACUGGAGGUUUAUUGAGGUCAUCUGCUUCCUGUUUAUAUGGGACCAUAUAACAGUUCAGUCUUCCCGUCAGGAUCCAUCCGUUGCGGAGCAACAUGUCUCCAAACAAUUUGAUUGGCUCAUCUCUGACCGCGGGCCUUUCCACUACUCUCGGAGUUACCUCUCCUUUGUGGAAAGAUUCCGUCAAGGAUUUACGACCAGAUAUAAAAUUUAUAGAGAGUUUGCACGCUGGAAGGUGAGGAACACUGCCAUUGAGAGGAGGGACCUUAUCCGGAACCCAAUUCCACUGAUGCCGGAGUUUCAGCGCAGUUUGCGGCUAUUGGGCCGACGGCCCUCUACUCAGCAAGUUAUUGACACCAUCAUCAAGAAGUAUGGCACCCACAUCCUUGUCUCUGGAACCCUUGGAGGUGAGGAAGCCCUGACAAUGUAUAUGGACAAAAGCAAGCUGGACAGAAGGAUGGUGAAUGAAACUCAGAGCGUCGAAGCUUUACAUCAGCUGGCAUCCUCGUAUUUCAUAGACCGAGAUGUGACAAUGAGGAAGCUCCAUGAGAUUCAAAUUUCCACGAAUGCAAUUAAGGUCACAGAAACACGCACAGGCCCGCUGGGAUGCAGCAGCUACGACAAUCUGGACUCAGUGAGCUCCAUUCUCCUGCGGAGCCCAGAGAGCAAACUGCACCUGCAAGGGUUACAGGUAAUCAUACCUGUAUAUCUGCAGGAGAAGUUUGUGCAGUCUGCACUGAGCUACAUCAUGUGCAAUGGAGAGGGCGAGUAUGUGUGCAGAAACAGUCAGUGUAUCUGCCAGUGUGAUGAAGAGUUCCCACAGUGCAACUGCCCUAUCACCGAUAUCCAGAUAAUGGAGAACUCAUUGCUGGGAAUGGCCAAUUCUUGGGCUGCCACUUACAAAGACUUUGAAAAUUCAGAUGAAUUCAAGUCGUUCCUGAAGCGGCUGCCUUCAACUCACUUCCUUCCCAUUAGCAGCGUUCACCUGCUGUGGGGGAAUGACUGGGACUUGCAGGCUCGCUAUCGGCAACUGCAGAACUCCCUGGAGACCCAACGGUUGAAGAUGCAACGCACAGCUCGCAAGCUCUUCAGCCUCAGCAUCCGUUGCCACCAUAACCCUCAUCACCAGAUGCCUAAAGAAAGAACUGUGCUACAGUGGCUUAACAGAGUUCAGUCCUUUCUAUACUGUAAUGAAAAUGGUUUUUGGGGAACCUUCCUGGAGAAUCAGCGGACCUGUGUAUGCCACACAGGAGUCAACCUGUGCCAAAGACCCAUCCCCUGCAUCAUUGGUGGAAACAACAGCUGCGCUAUGUGCAGCCUAGCUAACAUCUCACAAUGUGGUUCCUGCAACAAGGGGUACAAGCUGUACCGUGGCCGUUGUGAGCCCCAGAAUGUGGACUCAGAGCGUAGUGAACAGUUCAUCAGUUUUGAGACAGAUUUGGACUUUCAGGACUUGGAGCUAAAGUAUCUUCUGCAGAAGAUGGACUCCCGUCUGCAUGUGCACACCACGUUCAUCAGCAAUGAGAUCCGACUAGACACUUUCUUUGAUCCAAGAUGGCGGAAGCGGAUGUCCCUCACGUUGAAGAGCAACAAAAACCGGAUGGACUAUCUACACAUGAUCAUUGGGCUUUCCAUGAAAAUCUGCCAGGUUCGCAACAGCAGCAUCGACCCAAUGUUCUAUGUUUAUGUGAACCCCUUUAGUGGAAGCCAUUCAGAAGGCUGGAACAUGCCUUUUGGAGAGCACGGAUACCCCCGGUGGGAGAAAGUCCGGCUGCAGAACACGCAGUGUUACAACUGGACUCUUCUGCUGGGCAAUCGUUGGAAGACCUUCUUUGAGACAGUGCACAUCUAUCUGCGCAGCCGGACCAAGUUGCCCACCACUCUGCGCAAUGACACUGGACAGGGACCAGUGGAUCUGUCUGACCCCAACAAGAGACAGAUCUACAUCAAGAUCUCUGAUAUACAGGUGUUUGGCUAUAGCCUACGGUUCAAUGCAGACCUGCUCCGAAGUGCCGUCCAGCAGGUUAACCAAUCGUACACUCAGGGGACUCAGUACUACUCCUCCUCCUCGGUGAUGUUAUUACUUCUGGACAUUAGGGAUCGAAUCAAUCGCCUUGCCCCUCCUGUGGCCCCUGGAAAGCCCCAGUUGGACCUCUUCUCCUGUAUGCUGAAGCAUCGGCUUAAGCUCAACAACAGCGAAAUGAUUCGUGUCAACCAUGCCUUGGACAUGUACAACACAGAGAUUUUGAAACAGUCUGACAACCUGAUGACCAAACUCUGCUAAAGAAAAUUUAAAAUAAAUAAAAGAAACAAA